UGAGCAACCGGUUCAGCAGUCUGUGAGAUUGACCGAAGGAAGCCAGGAUUCCAGGGUUCUGGCCAGAACCAGCAGGUGCAGACAGCACGGAGUUUAGGCAGACGGCCAACUUGAAAGGAGAUUUCGUUCAAACAUGGAAAGUCUUCAGAAUAGCGUGAAAAAGAAAGCGACUGAAAGGCAUUACAAGGCUGAAGUACUAAUUACAGGCGAGCAAUUAAGGCUUUUAAGCUCAGAGGAUGCAAUCAUGAAAUUACAAGAAGAAAAUGGAUUGAAGUACCAGCGUGCAGUAUUGGGCUGUGAAAUCAUUGACUGGCUAAUAAAGGAAGGGGAAGCUUCAUCGAGGAAGGAAGCAGUGGAGCUGUGCCGUAGAGAACUUGAACAUGGAAUCAUUCAGCAUGGAAACAUCUCCUUCACAUCUAUCCUGUCAAGACUGCUUAACACCUUGCAUGUUUCAAUCAAGGCACACCUAUCUCUUCGAAACUCUAGUGGAUACAAGCUUAGCUUGUCCAACCUUUCCCCAUUAGAUAACAGACACAUUCCAGUCUCCAAUCGUCACCAUUUCUUUGACAGCAACUUAUUAUAUCAGUUCCGCUUAAACUUUCGUCGGAGGCGACGACUGACUGAGCUGUUGAGCGAAGAUUCAGGGACAGCACAGGAAUCUCAUGACAGCCCAUUCUGUCUGCGAAAGCUGAAUCCUGAACAAGACGGCUCAAGUUUUCUUUCAGUGCAAACAAACAAAGAGAUAAAGGUGGUGUCAGCUGUGCGCCGCAGCAGCAUUACCUCUGCUGUAACAGGAAGUGCAACCUUUUACAAUACAGCUCCCAGCCUUGCCUGCUUGCCUUCAGUGGAGUGUAACCCUAAAUCAGUAAUAUCUCUUCAUGAGACCUUGAAACAAGCUGGUAUCACAGCUAACUUAUUCUUUAAUGUCAGACAGUUUGUUGUCUCUGUGAACAGCAGGCAUGUCAUGCAUUUGGACUACAAAACAGUCAGCAACAUAAUCAUGACUGGACCCCGCACUCUAGUGAUGGAAGUUAUGGAAGCAAUUGAAUGAGAAGAUGUGUUCAAUUGAUUGAAAAACUGGUUGAUUUUCACAACUGUUCUCAGAAAGCAAAUGGUUUCAAAUACUUUAAGCUAGAAAUCAUUAUUCAUGUAAAUAUAGGUACACAAAUCUGGUUUGCAAAGAAUCAGAUAAAUCAAAUGGAAUUUUUCAAAAAUGCAGAUUUUUCCCUUGGUUGCAGCUCCUGAAAAAGAGUAAGCAUGUGGAAUAAAGAGGAAAUGUUUCGGUCUGAUACCAGAGGACAGAGUCAGCAAGAGUUGUGCACACACAAGACCUGAGUCCAUUGCAGCACUUUAAGAUGUGCCUCCUCUUGGUCCUUCCUAUCCUCUGGACACAAACAACUUGUUCUCCUGCUGAGAACAUUCUGAUUAUAAUGAACUCGGUUUUCAGGGAAGAAAUAUCACCUGUUUCUCUGUUUUGAUGAAGCCUGUGUGAGGGAGUUAAUUGGUGAUCCAAAAUCCUGCAUAGUCCAGCACGUCGUUGGUUAAGAGGGUGCUGUAUUUGGGAUAAUGUACCUAUAAUAGACAAAGGCUUCACUGUUUGCAUGAUAUUUCUCAUUUGUUCUAAAUGUCAUACGAUUGUGUGAAGUAUUUGUCAACACAAACGGUAAUUUCUAAGCUAAUAUCAACUUGCUGAGAAACUUUACAGACAUUUGAUCUGUUUUUAUUGUAUAUUUAUAAUUUUUUUAUACCUUGAACAAGGGUGUAGGUUAUACUGACAUCUUUUGUUCACAGGAUUUACCAACAUUUUCAAGUGAUGAGGAAUUAGAGUUGCAGUUCUUACAGAUCCAAUUAAACCUUUUUGUAUAACUUUAUACUGUUUUAAAAGCCUAUCCUGUAAUCUCUAUUGGAAUGUGACACUUACAAGAAAUAAAAUGACCUCCCACUGAAAGAAGGCUGGAGCCAGGCCAGAUCGGAAGCACCAAGGUCACGAUUCCCUACUAAAAUGAAAAGCUGGCUCUUGUCCAAGUUUCCAUGUCACCGUUGAAAACAAUCCAUGCUUAUCUGACUAUGGAACCAGCAGAAGUGGGUUUAAACUAGUUUCUUCCAAAACCACCAGUGCUUUACCCUCCCUCCACAGAGCACUCACUCUGUACUACAUUAGGAUUUCCAUUGCCCUUCUUAACUACCCUGUAAAAGGAAUAGCAAUGGUUAUAAAGGUGUCUCUCUAUUUUUCUAGAUGUAGGACUACUAGUCAAAGGCAUCUUGUAUGUUUUCUUUUAUAAAAUGUUCUCUUCACUGAUACAAAAUUCUGCUCCAGGAGGGUCACAUCCCAAUUCAUUCAUGAGAAAGAAACUCAAGCUGUCACCAAAGACAUUGCACACAAUACAAGUGCUCUCAGGCAAAAUUUAUUCAGCAAUUUUAAAGUGCCAUUGUAAAGAAAAACUGAUUCAUGGUAAGUGCAAAGAUAUCUUCAUUUAUAUUUUAGAAUUAGGCAAUAAUGUAAGUAAACAUUUCCUCUUUAAUGAGUGAGAUAAGUGCCAAAUUAUGACAGACGUUGUGCUAUUUUCUGUAUUAAAUUGCCAAACACCUAAAACCUUUAACAACUUUUGGAGAAAAGAGAUAUUCAACCUGUAAAGCCAAGCUAUAUUCACUCUAGAUUAUAAAAGGGAAAAUGUAAAGGGAAAUAUUGCAAUCAAGACUAUGCCAGUAAUAAAUGCAGAAAAUGCUGGAAACAUUACAGCAGGUCAGGCAGCAUCUAUGGAGAGAAAGGCAGUUGACAUUUCCAGACUCCCCAUCUCCUACAUCCUCACCACCGAGAAUAACUGCGAGGAGCUCAUGGAUUUCUUUGCCACUAAGAUCAAAACCAUCCAAUCAGCUGCAAGUGCUGCCUUACCUCCCUUUUACCAGCUCAUUGGGUCAGACUUCCUGAGGUUCACCACUGACCUAGUUCUGAAUUUCCAACCUUCUCUACUUUUUCUUACAUCUCCCUUCAUAUCCUCUGGAACCUUAUCCAUUAGAUACAUUGCCUGCUUCCUUGACCCUAUUUCCACCAAACUGUGGAACACCUAACUUCCCUUUCUGGUCCUCUCAUUAGUCAUUUUGGGGUGCAGCUUCAUUGUUCUUUGAAAGUGGAGUUGCAGGUAGACAGGGUAGUAAUGAAGAUGUUUCGUAUAGUUGCCUUUAUUGAUCAGUGCAUUGAGUGUAGGA